AUGGAUGCAAAGGAUGUUUUACAGGUGAAAUCAACAGGAAUUAAUGGUAUCUUGGAUGAGAAAGUGCUCCUGCUCGCUCGGAGGCGGCUGGCGGCGCGCCGCUGUUCCCGGGAACAGCCUGAGCUCAAGGCGCUGAAGGCUGGGCUUCAACAUGUUGCUGUUGCGGUAUGUCACGAGGAGAGCAGCUGGCCGGUUUUGACCAAUAUCAGAAUCCACUUUGGCCCCUGCUGGCGUGCUAGCCAGCCCAGUGGUGCAGAUUAUAGUGCUGUAGAUACAAAUCCUUUAUCGGUGUAUGUUAUGCAGCACCUCUGGAAUAGAAUCGUUAAGAUAGUGCCACUGUGGAUUGCACCUAACUUGCUUACCUUUUCUGGAUUUUUAUUGCUUUUAAUCAAUUAUUUCGUAUUAUGUUUUUAUGACUGGGAUUAUUCUGCCUCAGGUUCCAAGCUUAUUCCAAACUGGGUGUGGUGGUUUGCUGCUCUCUCUACCUUUUCUGCCUAUGCUUUAGAUUCUAUAGAUGGGAAACAUGCUAGAAGAACACAGUCCAGUACUCCUCUGGGAGAGCUAUUUGACCAUGGGUUGGAUAGCUGGGCUACUUCCCUUUUCACCAUUUCUUGGUUCUCUGUUUGUCGAAGUCCCAGGAGCUCCCCAGGAUUUUCUGAGCACAUGAUGUUCUUGUUCCUGAGCAUUGUUUUGCUUAACUUCAUGUUAUCCCAUUGGGAAAAAUAUAACACUGGAGUCCUUUUUCUUCCUUGGGGAUACGACCUAAGCCAAGUGGCACUGGUAGCAGGGUAUCUGCUGACAGCUAUUGUUGGUGUGGAACUUUGGCACAAACCUUUGGUGUGUGGUUAUUAUGUUACAACUGUAUCAAUGACCUUGGUUAUAGCUUGCAGCGUUUUCCUUUCUCUCCCACAGACGAUCUACAACAUCUACACGGCAUACCAGAUGAAAACACUGAAGAAGGAUUCUUUAUAUGAAGCUUUGCUGCCUUUGGUGUCUCCUGCCCUCUUGUUUUUCCUCCUGACUGUUUGGGUGACUUUAUCUCCAUGUGAUAUAUUAAUCAAGCAGCCCAGAUUAUUUUUAUUUAUGGUUGGUGUUGCCUUCUCCAGUGUUGCUUGCAGAGUGAUCAUCUGCCAAAUGAGCAACACCAGAUCUGAAUCAUUCCACUACCUCCUGUUUCCAUUGGCUCUUGUGGUCUUUGCGGCAGUAACAGGGCUUCUUGGGAGAAUGGAAGAAACGGUGUUCCUGGCCUUCACUGCAUUAACCACAGUGGCUCAUGUGCACUAUGGAGUGUGUGUGGGGAGACAAUUAAGUCAACACUUGAACAUUUAUAUCUUUUCCAUGAAGAAACGUGCCCAGGAAUAACUUUGCUGUCGAGGAACAGUCAAGAUCUGCCCUGAUGAUCCUGGAUCAUGUUCUUUCUAGGAACAAUGAGACUCGAUGUACCUGAAUGACCAAAGCAUCUUCAUACACUUAAUGAAUAUAAUGGAAUCCAUAUUUAAA